UUGCGCUCGGGGUGGCAAUGCUGGUCGUCGGAUUUAAUUUUAAUACAUAAAAAAGGCAUUUUUUCGCUCUUAAUAUGUUACCGCUCUUUGGGACCAUGCCGAAUGGCGUCAGUUUGCCAAAUCACCCAAACUUCCUCAAUCAGUUGGCCGCCGCCAUCUCGACGGCAGCCACAUCCUCAACGGUCAACAGCAACAAUGCGGUUGUGGCAGGCACGACGACAGCAACGCCCGUCAAGCAGACGCCCAACAAAAUGAUGAAGCCGCUGGCACAACAGGGCAGUGCCCCCAUGGAUCUGGAGAACGAAAACGAGCUGGAUGGACAUCCGGCGGAUGUGUCCUCGACAACAGGCCUCAAGUCAUCGGUGGAUAAGCUAACGGCCGCAUCGUUGUCGCUGCCCGAUGCCCAGCUCUAUCUGAAUGGCCUCAUGCACACUCCGCCGGGCUACUUGUACUUUCCGGCUGCUGCACAAACGACUGCGGGCGGUGGAACAGGUGGCACGCCCACUGCUGGUGCGACGGCAGCAGCGACAGGUAACAGCAGCGCAAAUGCAGCACAAAUGCUGUUGGAUCCCACGGCCAUGAUGGCCGCAGCCAUGCAACAAAUGCAGCAGAUCCACUAUGCCACGGUGGCGGGAAUGCCCACGGACGGGGUAGCUGGACUGGAUGCAGCUCUAGCCGCGGAUGGCUCGUCAGUGGCUGGUCUUAAGGAGGUGAUCAAGACAAAGAAUUGCAUUUUGUUUCCACCCAAUCCCAAUGCACCGCCGCCUACGAUAAGGGAACGCCCGCCCGGAUGUCGUACGGUAUUCGUUGGCGGUCUGCCGGAGAACAUAACCGAGGAUGUGAUCCGAGAGAUUUUCGAGUCGUGCGGCGAGAUAACCACCCUGCGCAUGUCCAAGAAGAACUUCUGCCACAUACGCUACCGCCACGAGACGGCCAUCGAUCGGGCCAUCUAUCUGUCUGGCUACCGGUUGCGCAUCUCGGCAAUGAACGAACCGCCGAACUUUGGACGCCUGCACGUGGACUAUGCCCAGGCGAGGGACGAUCAGUACGACUACGAGUGCAAGCAGCGGCAGCUGCAGCGUGAGCAGCGCCACCGUGAACGCAUGUCGCUGGAUCGAAUGCGUUCCCAGUCGCCGCCGCCAAUACCCCACUACACGGAGCACGAGGCCACCGCCGUCGCCGAGCAGCUGCGCAGCAAUGAGACCUUUGUGAAGGCCAUACAGACGAUCAGCGUUUGGCUGGAGCGUGGCGAUUGCACCAAGCGGAAUGCCAAUGUCUUCUACUCGAUGAUCCAGAUCACGCACGCCCAUGUGAGGCAUCUGCAUACGGACAAGCAGCAGCUGGAGGAGGAUUUGCGCAAGGCUCGCGAAUGCUAUCGCAAGCAGAUGGGCACCAUGUCCACCCAAUUCACUCAGAUUGAAAAAGUGUUCAAUGCCGCUAGUCACAAGAAGGUUUGGGACCAUUUCACCAAAGCCCAAAGAAAAAACAUCGAUCAAUGGAAGAAGUUAGCCACGGAACUGCACUCGAUCAGAAUCAAUGAUGAUGAUGAGAUGGAAAUAUCAGACGAUGAGCGCGACUACGAUAGGCGGGUGGGCGGCAAGCGAACCCGCUAUGAUAGCGAUAGUCUCAAGGACGAAAACGAUUCGCUGCGCUGUCAACUGGAGGCCAUACGCCAUGAAAUGUCGCUGGAGCGCAGCGAUUAUGUGCAACGCGAGAAGCAAAUCAAGGUCCUGCAGGAGACCAUACGCAACAUGCAGACCCAACUGCUGCAGACCAAGCUGCGCGAGCAGAAGGACACCAAGCACAUUGAGCAGCUCGAACGCAACCUCAAGGACGCCGGCGUGAAGCAGCUGCUACUCAAGACCAAGAUCAAGGAGACGGCAGACAAGCUUAAGGACAAAGAAGCAACUCUAAGUGCCACCGCUUCGAAUGCGGACUACAGCAGCGGCGACUCGUGCAGCCAGGAGGCAGCAUCUGAGUCGAGGCUGCCACCACGACGACAAACGUCGGAGCUGGAAAUAAUUGACAUUGAUAAGGUGGACGAUGAUGUGCGCAUUAUCGAGCAUCAGAGCGGUGUGGUGGAGAUCCAUGAGAUUGAGGAUGAUGAGAGGCAGGAGUCUGCGGCCAACAAACCAAAAGAGUCAAUUACAGAAGAGAGUUCCAAGGCAAACAGUCUGGAAGUCAGCACAGAGAAUACUCCAACCUCAUCCAGUCCAGAGCAGAACUUCAAAUCCCUGGCCCUGGCAGAGGCCAAGGUUAUAGCUUUGACCUCGGCCUAUCUGGUGUUGCAUCCCCACGGCGCGGAGAUAGCCAGCAUUGCCAGCUACCUUGUCGGAAUGCUCGACAGGAGUUCGGGACCCAGGAGCCACGAUGAUCUUGCCAGCAUACUCAAAAAGUACACAAAUCUCUUCAAGUCUGAACAGUCGGAAACCAGGUGGAAGUUCGUUGGUUUCCACUGUGAAACUAUAGAAACCCAGGCGGAAUAGGAUGCGGAUAUCGAAGCACUGAAAUAGCGCUAAAAAGAAUUCUUAACUGUGGAUUUAUGCAGAACAUGGACAUGAAUAAGAUGAACAAUUAAAUGCUUUAAUUAUGCUACAGAUAUAUAUCAUAAUGCGUAGGGUUUAAGGAGCAAAAGUCAUGAAAAGUUAACCAAAGAGAAGGAUACGGACGGAGAUGGAGAGACUAUGCGAUGCAAUCACAACUCAAUGAGAGACCAGUAGACGUAGUUAAGGAUUUAUCUGAUGGAAGACAAGACACCACAACAAAACUAACUACCGUUUCAAUUAUUUAACAGAAUAAAUAUAUACACCUAAGCUAAUUGAAUCUAUCAUAUACAGAAUAUAUAUAUAUGUAUGUAUAUACAUAUGUGUAUACAUACAUCAAUAUUUUAAAUAAGCUCAGAGGCAUCGGCAGUUUAUGAUUAUGUGCAAUGAUGUUUUAUGUUUAAAAAGGAGAAUGGAACCAAAUACAUAUUAUGCUAA